AUGGCCGGCGAACACCUGCACAGCUUCGAGCCCUCGGAUUUUCAGAGUGUUUCGGAGUUGGCCGCCCACGUGGCCACCAUCAUGCAGGUGCCCAUCUGUAGCCUCGCCACAGCAGCCGGGGAGAAGCUGUCGCCGCAUGUGGCACUGGACACCCUGGGCGAGGAGGAACUGACGGCAGUGGUGAUGCUGGACCCCCUGUUGACCAUGCUUCAGCUGCAGAAGCCGGAUGGAACGCUCCUGUGGCCAGACUUAGGCGAGCUGCAUACAGCUGCAGCAGCUGCUGAGGAGCAACUGAUUCGGUGCGCCUGUGGUAUCGGCGAUCCGCGUGAGCAUAAGACCUUCAUGGUCGUCAGUGCCGAGUCCUUCAUGGUCAAUGAGAGCGAGGAGUAUGGCUGCCCGAUGCAGGAUGGCACUCCUGUGAUCCACGCUGGUGCUCGUGUGGUGGUCUACGGUGAGAAGCAUUCUGGCGAAAAAGAGGAGAGAAGGGUCGUGGACGUGGGAGAUGUUCCUAUGACCCUGAAAGAUCUGCAAGCUCUGUGCCAUGACAGGCCAGACCUUGAGGAAAAGAAAGCGGAGGUGGCACACAUCGAUGGAGAGAUCAUCCAUGAAACCAUCAAGCUGGUGUCGUAUUCUGGAGAUGAGAUUGCCUUUCAGCUGGGUCAUUCGAGGUACAACUUUGAUGAGUUGUGA